AGCAAAAUCGAAUUAAACUGUACAGUAACUUAUUCCCUCACUCCCAGAAUACACAACACAACAAUGAGCCGCAAGAGAGACAAACCCUACUUUUCCCGCCACGUCCCCUACGCCGCCGCCAAGCGCCGCCGCCCAUUGCCGGAAUCCACGGAGGAGGAGAGGCCCACGGUGAGGCCAGCGCCGCCGUCCGCGGUGGUUAUCAUGGGCCUCCCCCAAGACUGCUCCGUCCUCGAUCUCAAGUCCCGAUUCGAGAUCUACGGCACUAUCUCCCGCAUCCGCAUCGACCGCGACACCGUCGGCUACAUUACCUACCGGAGCAAAGACUCCGCCGACGCCGCCAUCGCCGCCGGCCACGACCCUUCCUUCGGAAUCACCGUUAACUCCAAAAAGGUUCAGGUGUUGUGGGCAACUGACCCUCUAGCCAUGUGGAGGGAAGGAGUUGGUAAUAACAAGGAUAAAGGGUCUAUGUCAAAGCUUGUGCGUGCUGAGGUACCUUUGAGCAAGCAUGGGAGAGGUAAUAGACUCGCUUCAGCUAUAGGGAAUACCAAACGUAGUGAGGAUAGCAGCUCAAGUACCUCAGUUUUAGAAGUGCCUUUCAGGGGCAGAGAAAUUGUUGCUUAUGAUGAUAUCCUUUAACUCUCGAAAUCAGCUCUCUUUAUUCUGUACUAAUGAUUGAAUUUAGAUGUUUGUAGGUUCUCUUUUCCCCUCUUUUUCAAAUUAUGUUUAUGGAAGGUAAUUAUGUAAUAUAGGUGGUGGUGAUAUUUAAUGUUUUCAUCGUGAAUGUAAUGUGGUAAAUAGUUGGUUUUACAUUGUGCAGGAAAUUUUCUAGUCAAAAGUUGGCAAGAUACCUUUUUAUUUUAAUUAAAUUUAUUUGAUUUUAUGGUUUUGCC